ACUCUCAGUUCUCCAGAUUCCAGCAGUGGGACUUGAUGACCACCAAGUUUGCCGGUGUGUCCAACAUCCCCUUCAUCCUCAUCCAGCUCCCACAGGGGAUGCUAAAUGGCCUUCUGGGGAACCUUACACUGCUGUACUUCUUCACCGAGAAAAAGGAGAUUGAAGCCAUCAUGGUGCAAACUCUGGGUGUCAUGUCGAUUUAUGUGGUCACAAUGCACCUGGCCGUGUCCAGGGCUGCGCCGCUGCCUCACUUCAUGGCGAUCUCUGCCAUUGCAGCAUCCAGACUUGUCUUGAACUUUAUGGACUACAUUAACGGGCUUAGCCAAGGGAUGUCACUGCUUUGGAAGGAUUUCAUCACAAUUACCAGGCUCUCUGUUCUUCCUCAGGUCAUGUGGUCUACGUUUGUUUCCAUUCAUCCCAAACAGUAUUUUGCCGGGAACUAUCUCUUGCAUCAUGGCAGUUGGAGUUGUCAUUAUGGUAACUCUCUAUUCUGCAGACAAUAAGAUAUGCAGGCUCGAACUGGGAAACUUUCUGAGAAGGGAGUAAAAUUCGUUUGGUCAAUAUCUGGAUGGACUGGCACUCUACUCUUCAUGUGGGUGCCAGUCGCACAAAUGUGGACAAGCUACCUCAAACCAGAAAACAUUAAGGCGUAUCAGCUCAGACAUAUUGCUUGGCAUGAUUGGAAAUGAUCUUACGGCACCACAGGCAGUAUUUAUUCGAAAUCUGAUGAGCGAGCGAAAGGCCCAAUGGUCGAGCAUACUAGCGAGAGAGCUUGAAGACUCCAAGACUAUUUCCAGAAUCCAAGUGGAUGAUGAUGCCAUCACCAAUGCCUCCACGGACUUUGGAGGCAUUAUCAAAGGCCGCCCUUUGGCCAUCUACUGCCCAUCAUCGGAGGAUGACAUUGCCCGGCUUGUUCGUCGCUGCGGCAUGUCAUCAGAACUAAUCACUGUUACUGCCAGAGGCCGAGGCCACUCCGAUAGAGGCCAGUCGGUUGGUGAUAAUGGUAUAACUAUAGACAUGAGAUCUUUAGCUCGGAGUGGCUACCGGAGGAGGAUUAAUGUAUCGUCGAGUGGUUGUCCGGCUCCUUUUGCCGACGUGGGAGCCGAGCAGAUGUGGUCGGAGGUGAUGCAUGAAACUUUGAGGCAUGGCCUUUCGCCACGCACUUGGCUGGACUACCUUGACCUCACCGUCGGUGGCUCCCUCUCAGUCGGUGGGAUCAGCGGGCAGACCUUCCGCCACGGGCCGCAGGUCAGUAAUGUCUACGAGCUGGAUGUCAUCACUGGUAAUGGGGAGCUAGUGACUUGUUCCGAACACCUCAACUCCGAUUUGUUUUAUGCGGCUCUUGGAGGAUUAGGCCAGUUUGGUGUCAUCACCAGAGCUAGAAUCGCCUUGGAACCGGCACCCACAAAGGUGAAGUGGGUUGGCUUGGUUUACUCGGAUUUUGAGGCCUUCACCAAGGAUGAGGAGUACCUCAUAUCCCUUGAUGGAAAUCCCGGGAAGAAGAAGGGCUUUAACUAUUUGGAAGGAUUCCUCAUUACGAGUAGCACGAUGAGCUGGCGAUCUCCUUUCUUCUCCAAGGUGGACGUGGAGAAAAUCCACACCCUUCUUUCCAUGCACGAAGAGGUCUACGUAAUCGAAGCAACAAUUGACUAUGAUGAUGACAACUCGUCCACGAUUGACCAGGACCUGGAUUCUAUAACCGAAGGACUGAAGCAUUGCCUCGGGUUCAAGUUCACCAAAGAUCUCUCCUACGUGCAGUUCCUAGACAGGGUCCGUGAGGAGGAGAAAAAGCUCAGAGAAGUCAACUUUUGGGACGUCCCCCACCCGUGGAUCAACAUGCUGGUGCCCAAGUCUAGGAUCUAUGACUUCCAUGAGGGCGUAUUUAGGGGCAUCUUUCAGCAGCAUAAGCCCACGGGUGUCAUCUUAUGUUACCCUUUGGGCAAGGACAAGUUUGAUGGGAGGAUGUCUUUGAUGUUCCCAGAAGAGGAGGUGUUCUAUAAGAUUGGGCUACUGCUGUCAACCACCCCUGAUGAUUUGGACCGUGUCCUGAAGCAGAUUGAUGAAAUGUUAGGGUUUUGCGAUCAAAAUGGGAUCGGCAUGAAGCAGUACAUGCCUCACUAUGAGAAGAUGGAGGAUUGGAUGAAGCAUUUUGGUUCAAAAUGGGAGUGGUUUGUCGAGAUGAAGAAGAAAUAUGAUCCCAAGGUGAUACUAGCUCCGGGGCAGAAGAUUUUUACUUGUCCUCUUGCUGAGUAACCUAUUUUUGUUGCCAAUCAACUGUGAUAAGCUUAAAAAAAAAAAAUUACAUAUGUAUACGAAUAAAAUGAGCGUAGGUCUCAUUCCCAUGACUUCCGUGUUUUUCUUUGUAGAUUCUUAAAAAAAAAUAAAAAUAAAAAAUUACGUUGCUAAAGGAGACCUGUAGCUUUUUACCAAAGAAAAAAAGAGAUCUGUAGCUAAUGAAUUGCAAAGUUCUAAUAAAA